GCAAAGCGAGGUUUUGGAAGUGUAUGUGAAUGCCAACUACGUCAAGGCCUGUCACUACGAUAGUCGAGGUCAGGCUCAGAUUGCGGCAGACUCUAGCCUACCGGAGUACAUCGCUACUCAGGCUCCUCUCAAGCACACAGAGGCUGACUUCCUCUACAUGGUGUACCAACAGCGAGCUCCGAUAGUCAUCAUCCUUUGCAACACUAUGGAGGGAGGAAAGUCCAAGUGUGCACAGUACUGGCCAGACUCGUGUGGUGUGACGGAGGAGAAGUGUAACCUCCUUCGAUCCAUCGAUGUGACCCUCAACGAUGAAACACACGCCGAACAUGUGGUCACCCGAUCGAUGACUGUACAACCAGAGGGUGAUUCCGAUGUAAGUGCUCCGGUAGUCUUUUCUCACUUCGGUCUCCUUCUCCUCAUAACAAUUUAUCAGUUCACCUUCCUUUCCAUCGUCUACUGGUACGGAUCAUUACCACCCGAGAAUGAUUUUGAGAAGAACGAACUCUGUGUGCAGUGUAGUGGCUUUUGCGGGAGGAUUAAUAAGAGUACGCCGAAGAAGAAGAAGAAGAAGAAGAAGAAGAAGAAGAAAAAGCCUGUCCAAUUGCAAUCAUGGACUUUCACGCAACUGCAUUUCCUAAGUUGGGCCGAUCAUGCUGUACCCCCAAUCGCCGAAUUUUAUGACUUCUUGAAGAACUACAUGUAUCUUCGACAGCAGAAACCAUUGUCUAGCGAUUUUGGUCCGACUGUGGUUCACUGCAGGUAA